UCUGGGCGGGGUUUACGAACUCGCGGGCCGCGGGCCACGGCCUCCUUCACUGCCUUCGGUGCUUGUUUAGGUGCAGCUCCAGCCGGGGCGCUGGUGGUGCCAAGGCCGAGCCCCAGGUGGAGGUAAAGCCCCGCUGGCGCCGCCUCCGCUUGCGGCUCGGCGUCGGCGGCCCCUGCGGCUGUCCGGGACGUCUCAGCGGAUGUGCGCAGUGCCCUGUGAGGAUGCGGCUCUUUUACCAGCUGCUCAAGCAGCCGGUGCCCCAGCAGAUCGAGCGCUACUCCCGCUUCUCUCCGUCACCGCUCUCGAUCAAACAGUUCCUGGACUUCGGUAGAGAUAAUGCAUGCGAAAAAACUUCAUAUAUGUUUCUGCGUAAGGAGCUUCCUGUUCGACUGGCUAACACAAUGAGAGAGGUUAACCUUUUGCCGGAUAACUUGUUGAACCGCCCUUCAGUGGGAUUAGUUCAGAGUUGGUACAUGCAGAGCUUCCUUGAACUUUUAGAAUAUGAAAACAAGAGCCCAGAAGACCCACGGGUUUUAGAUAACUUUCUCCACGUUUUGAUUAACAUCAGAAACAGACACAACGAUGUUGUUCCUACCAUGGCCCAAGGCGUGAUUGAGUACAAGGAAAAGUUUGGUUUUGAUCCAUUUAUUAGCAGUAACAUCCAAUAUUUCCUGGAUCGUUUUUAUACCAACCGAAUUUCUUUCCGCAUGCUUAUUAACCAACACACACUUCUGUUUGGCGGUGACACUAAUCCUGCUCAUCCUAAACACAUAGGGAGUAUUGAUCCCACCUGUAAUGUCGCUGAUGUGGUAAAAGAUGCGUAUGAAACAGCAAAGCUGCUCUGUGAACAGUAUUACCUGGUUGCUCCAGAGCUGGAAGUAGAAGAAUUCAAUGCCAAAGCACCAAACAAACCCAUUCAGGUAGUUUAUGUGCCCUCACAUCUGUUUCACAUGCUGUUUGAGCUGUUCAAGAACUCAAUGAGAGCAACAGUUGAGCUACAUGAAAAUAGAAAAGAGGGCUAUCCAGCUGUUAAAACUCUCGUCACUCUGGGUAAAGAAGACUUGUCCAUUAAGAUAAGUGACCUAGGUGGUGGAGUCCCACUUCGGAAAAUAGACCGUCUUUUUAACUACAUGUAUUCAACUGCCCCUCGACCCAGCCUGGAGCCUACAAGAGCUGCUCCCUUGGCUGGAUUUGGUUACGGCUUGCCAAUUUCUCGUCUGUAUGCCAGAUAUUUUCAGGGAGAUCUAAAACUGUAUUCCAUGGAAGGAGUGGGUACUGAUGCCGUCAUUUAUCUGAAGGCCCUUUCAAGUGAAUCCUUUGAGAGACUACCAGUUUUCAACAAGUCUGCGUGGCGCCAUUACAAGACUACUCCUGAAGCUGAUGACUGGAGCAAUCCCAGCAGUGAACCAAGGGAUGCAUCAAAAUACAAAGUGAAACAGGACAAGAUCAAGACUAAUAGAACUUUGUAGAAAACCGAGUGCUGUGGUCAUCUCUGAAGAAAUAUUAUCUUCUGCAAGUUAACCAGACACCCUUACUCUACCAACUCUUAAUCAUGGCACUAUUGUUAUUCCCAAUGCUUUGUUAUGUUGCUUCCUUUAUAUUGACUCAGUGUUUCCAUGGAGCACUUCCUCUAGUUAAUCCACUCGCAUCUUCCACUAAAGUUGUAACCUGAGCAGUUUGUCAUGGUGUCUUUCUAUGGCAUCACUUGCCUCCGUCACAGUAGAGCACGGAGCCUCCUUAGCACUCUUGUACUCUAUACUCUGUAUCUUAUCAUGGGUUUAGUGUCUAAGUCUUCCCGAGAUUCUGAGCACCUUCCUCUUUCCAGGUACAGCAGAUCCUACUGUUGACUUCAUGAUCUCCAGCUUGGGGAGUCUGGAAGGGGAAGGUGUCAGUAGAGUACAUCUUGCAAAUUCAACCCCAGGGUUCUUCCUGUCCCAUAUAUGCACACCCUUCACUCUCUGAAUCAGUGUUCUGCCGACUUCCAUCUGACUGUAUUGUCAUCGUGAGGUGUGGUACUUUCGGAUUAAAACCAAUUCAUCUGUAUUAUUUUCACUUUAAAGUUCGUUUGCAUACUUCUCUUCCAUUUAUUAAAGUACUCUAAAAGUUGUUUUGGAAUUUCUCACUUAACACCUUGGUUUGAAAGAUUUUAUGAAAUUUUAUGCAAACCUACCAUCUAGUCAACGUUAGACUGUAAAGAGUGGGAAGUGUAGUUGUGUGUUUCUCUGAAAACUCCCCUGCCCUAGUCCUGUUUCUUUGCCAUAUGAAAUUCCUCUCGUAGUCCUCUUAGGAACUAGAAGCGCCUUCGGGAUGCACUCGCCUCACCAUAACACAGACUGUCAGCUUAUUCUAGCUUAUUUUGAAAAAUGUUAUAGAGUGGAUCAUUUUCAUUGUCAUUACUUUUUGCCAAUUUUAGAACUGUCCAUUCAGUCUGAUUUUUGUUUCUCUGUGUAACAGCUCUGACUGUCCUGAAACUCACUAUGUAGACCAGACUGGCCUCAAACUCACAAAGGUCUGCCUGUCUCUGCCUCCCGAGUGCUGGGACUAAAAGGCUUGUGCCACUACCGCCUGGUCUUCAAUCUGAUUUUGUAAUCAUUCCUUUUGCUAAAAGUUAGAAGUAGGAAUUAGCAGAGGACCUGUGGUAAGGAAAGACAAAUGAUGUGAUAUUUGUUCUUAGUAAUAAGGCCAUCUGAGAAUCUAGAUUCAAACUGGUACCUAGUUUAUGCAGGUCCCUGUUAGGUGUUUCUCUGUUCAUUAUAUUUUUUCUUGUAUAUGUCAUUCACUCUGACUGCUGCUUUCAUUUACUGUAUAUAUAAAUGUUUCUAUCCAGUUUUUCAGUACUGAAUCCAGAUUUAGAAGUUUUAGUUUGUAGCCAGGCAUGGUGGUCCAUACCUGAAACCUCAGUACUCCAGAUGUUGAGGCAGGAGGAUCAUGAACAUAGCCUGGGCUAUGUGCCAAGAGUCCCUCUCAAAGUUUUGACUUGUGUUACUCCUGCUAUAUCAUUGCUGAUGUAGCAGUGUAGUUGUCCCCACUGCCACCACACUGAAGGCUUUUGCCUCAGAGAUUUGCUCUGACUUAGAUGAAGUUGGCUCAGUUGUAACUUUGAGGCACACAGCAUCUGAUUUUCUUUCGAUUCCUUGUAUUAUCUGAGUUUCUGGUGAGUUCCUUUUUGUCUUUAUAAAGGCCUCAUUACAGAGCAAAAAGCAUGUUGGUAAAUACCAAAGAGACGGGUAAGAGAGACUUAUUGUACACAGCUAAGUCAGUGUCUUGGGGGGGUUGAGCAGUAUGACUAUUUUCUUGUGAGGAAAGACUAAAAAUAAUGGUCUUUUAUAUUUCAAGAUCCUGGCUGCCUUAGAAACACCAGCUCUAUGUCUCUAUCUUACUGAGUCUCGGUUUCCAGCCAUCUUCCUUUACACUUGCGAGUCUGACUGUCGGCGAAUGGAGGUGACAGUGUCAUUGUGGCCUCGAUUGCCUUGCUUCAGCACUGUUUUUACUGUUCCAGGCUGCCUAUUGCUUGCCAUACUCACACACCAAAUAUCACAUCAGGCUUGGUUAUGGCAUAGAAGAGCCGUGUUAUUUUCUCUUAAACUCUUUUCUGCAAUGCCAGUUUUGUUGAAAUGUCUUGAGGAUUUAAUGCACAGCCCUCCCCUAACACUCUUAGACUCCCCUCGUGUCCAUCUAAGCCUAGUGCACUCCAGCUGCUCCUGUCCCCUUGUCAUCAGUGAGUUCACCUCAGCUCUAAGCCAGCCAGAAGAAGAGUUUCAGGAGCAUCCUGUAUCCCCACAGUUUGGUCUUCCCUCGACUGGAGCAUUGAUGUAUCCUUUCUGCUGCUAGUGUUUGACCCUCUGAGCUUAAGCAUGCCUCUCUGGCUCUGUGAAUUUAUAUAUUACAGAUUGAUAUUGACCCACUUGCAGCUGAAUUCUUCCCCAUUUCUCUGGAAUGCCCUCCAAUUUACACUCUUAUUUUAAGUAUUUGGGAGCCAUGUAUCCUGUUUGAAACUCUACCUGGCACACAGUAGGUACUCAAUGUCUUUGUUGAGCAGAAGAGGAAAACUGAUAGACAUUUGCAGUGGUGGCUGAGGAAACAUCUUCCUAAGUUCUUAGAUCCCCUAACUUCAAAUUGGUAAUGAUUUCAGGUCAAGAACUGUGACAGUGUGCUGGAUGUCUUUUUAUAGUGCUAAGAGAUGGCUUUAAAAUGCGGGGGAGUUACAGGGAUUAAACACGGAUCCACAUGAGCCAUCUGAUUCUUUGUCUCUGAAUAUUUGGUUUUGGAUUCAUAGCACAAGGGCUUCUUUCUGUCUAGCUACAAUGGUUUUAUAGUCUUUCUUAGAGAUUCCAAAGAACUUAACAUUCAGCACCCCAAGUGAUCCUUAGAAUGCCAGGAGAUGGACUAAGUAGCUUUUAGUUUUCAUGUGAAUUCCAAAGCAGUGAAGUGGCCUGCCAAGGAGACAUGGAAAGUGAGAAGCAGAACCAAAGCCAGUGCUUGGGGCUUCCUGUUCCUAGGCCAGUACUCUGAACAGUAUGUCAAGUGGUUAGAAUGAUCUCCUUAGAGGAAUCUCUUGGGCAUAUUAAUCCUCGAGGCUGAUCUGUAAGUCAACAGUUUUCUGUAAUACAAGGCAGCUCCACUCAGGAAAGGGUUUCUUUGGUGUGUUUCCAUUCUGGCACAGUUAGAGGAGACAAGUGGAUUAGGCAGCUUUUGCCUUGUAAAACAGACAACUUUAGACUAAUAUAGGUCAUGACUAGAGUUUUUCUAUUUGAAUGAGAGCAGCGCUUGCUGCCAGCCUUUUUUGUACAAAGAUUCUACAUUUGGAAGUUGAUGGUUUUGUGUUUUGAUAGACUCAAUUACAGCUUCAAUUAGAUGCUCUUGCCCAGCCUUUCUAUUACCAGUACUUAGAGUAAUAGCUCGACAGGCUCUCAGAACCUUGGAGCACAUUCUUUAGAGACUAACUUCAUUGUCUCUAUCUGCUGGCGCACUGAUUCAUGAGUACAGAUAGAUUUUUCUCUCAGGUUUGUAGGCAGCCUGCUUGUUUGGCACGGUUGCAUGUUUGCCCUUGAUAUUUUGUUCUUUUAUUUCAAUAUAGCUCAGGGUUGGUAGUUGUCUGUUGCCUUUUCCUGGUACACAGUGGCCUAGGUCGCAUAUUGGGCCUUAUUAUAUUUUGUAUCAUUUUGUACUGUUCUGUUCUUCAGUUUUAGUAUAUGUGCUGCCGAAGCGAGCACUGUUCUGUUCUUCAGAAAUUUGUUUCUCUAUCAGCUUUGUGUUACCCAUCUUUCACAUUUAUUUUUUUUAUGGCUUUUAUCUCUUGUUUUUCUUCAUGUGUGAUUUUUCCAUCCUUGAAUCCUCUCCUCCAUUUCACUGUUUUCUCUACUGUUUUUUGUAAGCCUCGUGGCUUGCUUUCAUGUAUAUCAUUUUCAUAUUUUAUUUUUAAAUUUGCUUCUCUUAACUCAUUAUUUUAUUCUUCUUUGAUGCCUUAUUUCUUUGAGCACAAAACCUUUUGGUCUAAAUUUUUCAGGAUUUCUGAAAUCAUUCUUUUUCCAGAAUGUAUUUGUGUAUCUUUUGCUUACUCUCUCAGGCACUGUCCUGGAGACCAUGCUGUGGGAUUGUGGCUUUAUUAAUUUCAUCAUAGAUCAUUUUUUGCUCAGUUUUUGGACGUGUGCGCUGGCCAGGGGGGAUAGGACACUUACAUAAACAUGUAUUGAUUCUGCCGUCUUUGUCAGUGGUCCAGAUGCUUAAACAUUGACUUUACAGAUAAUGUCCUUCAUAAUCUAUAUGUUAGGAAACAGAAGGAACCAAUAUGGCCAGCAGGAGAGCACCAUUAAUGAUUUAAUCAAUAAAGGAUUUUUGUUUGCUGUUCUGGGUGAAAAGCUAACUUUUAACUCCAGUUCCUGUCACACUGGUUAGAGAUAGCAGUGCCUUCUGGUUGGAAAAUAGAGGGGACAUAUGAAAUUUUAAUGAACUUGAGAUGUUAUCAGCCAUCAACAGUGAUUAAUUUGUUAAUUAAAUAUGGUAGAAUACUUCAAACUAGGGCAUAAUCAGAGCUAUCAAGAGAAGUAUAAGCUUGUUCUAUUGGCCUCACCGAGUGUGUUGGCCAUUCUGAGAGCUUCACUGUGACAGUUUUCUGUCUUUCCAGUCAGUCAUUUUAAAAAGUAGAUGAUGUACCCCUGGAAUCCCAGCAUGCAGGAGAUGAAGGCAGGAACAAGUGUAAGGCCAGCCUGGUUGCAUCGUGAGAACCUGUGGGAGAGGAGAGGCGAGGAAGGAAAAGGGAGGGGGGAAGGAUGUAAGGAAAGGCAUGAAGGCUUUGUUAUGGUUUCUUCUUGUUCUUUGUGAGUACACACAAAUGGCUUACUGUUGAACACGGGAUAAUGUUUUGAAAGUGUAUUUGCAGGUAGAUCAUGGGGCUUGUUUGGAAUGCUUGUAAGACUGAAACUUCCUUGCCUCAGUAGCCAGACAUUCUAGUAGACAGCCAGCAGCAAACUAUCACCUUCAGAACUCCCGUACCACAAUGAAGGACCAAAAAUGAUAGCCUUGCAGCAUCCACUGAGCUGUGCAUGAGGCAAGACAUUUCCCCUGAGGUCAGUCGGCCUCAGGCCGUGCUGCUGGGAAAUAGAUGAUUGAACCCAGGUGUCCUCAGCUAAGGGAGACUGAAGUGAAGGUAGCAGACAGGAGUCAUGGGGAGGGAGAGAAGGUUUAGUCGUCAAUUUCAGUGAUAUGUUGUGUCCAUCACAUGCUAGAAACAUCAGUGCUGGGCCUGUGCCAGUGAUCAAAGCAGAGUGAACUCCCCUUCCAGUAAGGACGAGAUAGAGUAAUCUCCUGGUUCACUGGGAUACAAGUACCGUGGGGAAGAUGGAAGACUUCUAUUUCAUAAAGGACAGGUGUAUUCUUCAGAGAAAGAAGUAUUCCUGAUUUCCCAAGUGCGUUUCUCCUUUUAAUCUAUCAGUCUGAAGUGUGAGUCUGUCUCCCAUGCUUAGCUCUUCACUCUCCCCUGCGGGGUCCCUGCUGAGGUCCUUGUAGUACAGCUUCGGUAGAUAGCAGAGGACAGCGCCCAUUCCAGCCAUUGUCUCUCUGGUCAGCUCUCACAAUCAGUUCUCAUGGAGUAAGAAGGGCUGCCGUUUGAGUCUCUGUAGCAACAACUCGCCACGGGUUUGGAUGGAUAGCUCUCUUUAGGGUUUCACAAAUGAUCACUUAAGGACCAGUGAGAUGGCUGAACUGAGGACGACCUGAGUUCAAGCUCCAGGUCCCACAUGGUAGAAGGAAAGAACCAGCUGCUGCGAGUUGUCCCCUAGCCUCCGCACAUAUGCUGGGUGGCACAUACACCCACUAAAUCAAUGUAGUGAUGUUUUAGUCAAAAAUUGAGAAGUAGCUGGAUAAUGAGGCUAGAGGUAAAAUUGCUGCUGGUCAGGAGGGGACUCUGUUUAGCACUUCAACUCAUCUCAGUGGGAGGAAGGGUGGCUAAGAAGGCUUCCCUCUGAAGGCUACCCGGUGAUAUCAGGUGUGUCCACUUGCCAAAAUCAAGGCAGUAUUCCAGGCACAGAAAUCUGGAGAAGCCUCUGCUUGCUUAUUUCUGUCUCUGAAGUAGGGACACAUGUCUACUUAUCUCUAUGGUAGAGUUUAAAGUGGCCGGCACAUGGGCUGGCAGUUGGUGUGUGCCACAGCCUCCUGGCAGAAAAUUCCCUUUCCCUCAGAGGGACUGCUAGAGCCACCGUGGGGACUUGUUCUCCAUGCCCACCCCUCUGACUCCUUGGGACAGAUCUGAGUGACCCAGCAGUGAGAGCUUUAACUAUUGGAGAAGCGAUGGAGUUGUGUUUAAUAGUGUCCAUUGGUAGAUCCUUUAAACUGCCUGAUUUUCCAUCGACAGAAUCACCUUGGAGCAUCAGGACCGAAAGUCUCUGAACAUCUGGUAGUUCUGGAGUUGUCUUAAGGAAAGCACACCUCACCUCACAGUAGCCUUUGAGCGUUUAAGUCCAGGUAUCCCAUAUGCGCACUCUGCUGUGCAGAGCUUUACCCAGACUGCAGAGCUGACCUUAGUUCUUGGCAUACUUGUUCCUUAAGUGUAGGUGACUACAGGCUCAGUACCCACCAGUUCAAAGUGAUGACAUCAGCCUUUGAUGUCCAAGUCCCUUGAAAAUGAAAAAAAAAAAAUAAAGCUUGAUGUGUGGGGUUUCAUGGCCAAGUGAGGACUGUUGAGUUUUUCCUGAGACAUUAAAAACACUAGAGAGUUCAGAUGGAAAGAGCACCCGGGACGUGUGCCCUGGAAAGGAGUAUGAACUCAACCUGAAAAAUGUCUCUCUUCUAUAAAUCUCUCAGUGACAUUUGGAUUAAUCAAGCAUAAUUAAAUGUAGUUAGGUUUUUGUCAGAUUGUAGUUCAAAAUAAUAUUCAUCUAUGGAGAGGGUAAUAUAUUCUGUAGAAAUUUUAUUAAGCAUUUCAGUUAAGCAAACAGUAAGGAGAACAAAAUCAGCCCCGGGAAGGUUAAUUACUAAAAACACAGAGGAUAGUAGAUUAUGUAAAUGAUUUUAAUUUUGAAUACCAUGGCUUGAGCUUUAAUUUACAUAGAUAGGUAUUUGGGAUUUGUUUUUCACAGUCUAUUUUUCAGAAGGACCAAAUUAGACUUGGCAUUCUUUAAAAGUUCUAAUCACUCCAGGCUUCCAUUAGUCUUGCUCUAACUUUUUCCUAUUAAAGUUUGCAAAAAUGAAGAAUUACACUUUCCUUCCAGCGAAUUCUCUUAGGAUUCCAUCUCGUUUGUGCAAAUGAUGAGAACUAUGUUUUUAUUUCUUUACCAAAUGGUGGCUUUAACUAAAGUAUCAGGGGAGAGUGUAUGAAGGCAUUCAACCCAGGCGUGCCUUUACGGCAAGUGCUCACUUAAACGAUAAAACGUAGCUCAGAUUGGUUUUAGAUGCUUUCUUUCUUAGUAAAGGCUUUUCUCUCACCUUGCCUAUGGCAGGGAACAGGCUCUGAUAAGAUCUGUUCACAUUUGAUACUUGUCUAAAUUUCACAGUGAGAGUUUCAGAAGUAUUGUCAUCUCAGCAAUAUAAGCUUACCCAGGAAACCUGAAGUUGUCCUUUUCACAAGAAGUGACACCCAGAUUUCAUUUGUGUAGGACGGAGCCGGGUCUAGCCCCCUUUGAGAUCGUCAUAGAAGCCCCUGCUGUUGGUUCUGUCUGGCCAUUUGUUCGGCGGCUUUCGGUGAAGGUGCUACUUCCUUUGGAACUGGCUCCUUUGCAGAUAAUAAGCUUUCACUUCAAGGAGCAUCCCAUUAAGUAAUCUGACUUCCUUUAAAAGUGACAUUAAUUUAAAUGCUCUGGAUAACUUUUGCAAACAUCAGAGAUCUCAUAUGUGUGGUAACUAUGCAAUGCUGGUCCUGUAGUUUGCUCAGUAGAAAGAUACCAAAGUCUGGCAGGUGGGACUGGUCGAACUGCUCCGCAGUUCAACUUGACAUCACGAGUUGAUGGAAAAUAGCACAGUUGCAACAGAAUGCAUACUCAUAACAGAUGUGCUUCAUGUCUAAAAUGAUCUUCCCUUCAGAUUCUUGGAAGAGAGAAAAUACAGCAUUAAUGUUCAGUUAGAACUCUGUUUUGGAUAUUGAUACGGGCUAGUCUCAAAAGAAACUGAAAGGUCACUGUGGUAAGUCAGUGAGAGUCAUUCAACCAUGCCAAAUGUCAUGUCCAGGAGAGCUUGUGAACUCAGGGCGAGCAUCAAAUGUGAUACUGUUUACGUCGUGACAUCCCUUUCACGUCCAUUCCCCUUUCCUUUUUGUCAUUGAAGCUAUUUUAAGAAACCUCAAUCUUUAUUUUUUAAUUAAAAAUCAUUGAAUAUUUUUAGGAAGAACUGGCUUGUGCCUUUAACUUCAGUGCUGAACUUACAGUCGCACGUGUUUGUUUAGUAUCUGUGAGUUUAUUGACAACUGAAGCCUGUAGCUGUAGGGAUCUGAGAAGACGCGAGACUGCCUGCCACUAAAGCGGGACCGUGCCGGAUCUUGUGGCCUCACUUGGCAAGUCCUUUCAGGAGGGAGAAUUUUCCCAGCUGUUUGGCCAGCACGGAAAGGAAAAUGGCAGAUACAGCAUAGAAGGCCCUGUAUCUGCUCCCUUUCUUGUUGAGUGUUUAUGUAACUUCCUGGGGGAACCUCGCAGCAUCAUUUGGUUGCUUUCCACAUUGAAAAGGUCCUCUAACAGCUGACACAUGAUGUAGACCAAUAAAUGUUUUUGAGACUAUUAAAUAUAGUGACUCAGGUGGAAGCAAAAGCAAAGUUUACCUACAGUGUAUGAAGCUUUAAGUGAUUUCAAAUUUGCAAGGAGCUGGGCUGGGGAUGUAGUGCAGCGACUGCGCAUUGCCGUGGUAUGUGUGGAGGCCUGGCUUCCGCCAUGGCAUUGAAAACAGGAAACAAAUUACUAGGAAUCAUGCUAUAUCUUGCAGAAAUUGUGUCCUGUUGUCCCCACAGUUUCCCUUUUGUUGGUCGCUCCAGACGCUUCUCUCUAAGCAGUGCUCAGGACUGAAGCGCACGUUGUACUUGAGCAGUUGUGGACCGUGACACUUUGGAAGAAAGGGAGAGCUAGCCCCACACUCUGCUGAGUUCGUGCUUUGAUGUUAUUUGAAAUCAUGAUUGCUGCUUAAGGUUUAGAAACAGAGCAUUUGCUGUUCCAAGUCCCCACCCAAGUGCUUGAAAUGGAUCUGUUUCCUUAGAACACAACUUUGGAAUGCCUAGGAGAUGCUAGAACUAGACAAAAGAGGUGUGAGGGAAAAGUUCGAUGCUUUGCCAGGUUCUCUUUGUAACUCCUUGACUCAUUAGUGUUGUCUAAAUGGAAUAAUUGUGGGUUUGAUAAGAGACAAAUAUUAACUUACACGUGUAAUAAAUGGCCAUUGCAGUCUGGACCCAUAAGUUCAAGUCUGCCCUGGCUCACUCCGUGCGUCUGUUGACUUAGUGAUGAAUGUCCACACAUGUCCACAGUUCCCGAGCAACCUUGUGCUUUGUAGAAUGAAGCUCAGCCCCAUAAGUUAUGCUGUCAUGAAUGAGGGAUGACUAGAUGGGGUCAUUUGUCACUCUGUGGUCCACAGAGAAAAGGGUGUUGUGACUGCUGGAAAAACACAACCGGAGACCCGUGUGGCUUGGGCCGUGCUCCUCAUGAGUUGCUGAGCAAUCUGUUGUUUGUCAUAACCAGAUCUGUCCGGCCUCACGCCGGGCAAUUCUGUACCCUGGUAACCAGAACAAUAAAUGGCAGUUGUUUUCCACA